AUGUCGGCUGCGAGGGUUAUCGCCUCUCAUGCCCGUCCGGUGGUCUUGAACCCCAUUACCACGGCGGGUCGAAACGCCCGACAAAUCCACGAUAUCGCUAUUACGAGGACGGGGAAGCCGGUAUACAGGCAAGGUGGUGGAAGGUCGUCUCUCGGAGGUCACACCGCUACAGUCUUCGGCGCCGCCGGUUUUUUGGGUCGUUAUAUCGUCAAUCGAUUAGCCCGGACUGGAUGCAAUGUCGUUAUUCCAUACAGAGAGGAGAUGUGGAAGAGACAUCUCAAGGUCACCGGUGACUUGGGACGUAUUACAUUCUUGGAAUUCGACCUACGAAACACAGAGUCCAUCGAGGAAAGCGUACGACAUUCGGAUAUUGUUAUCAACCUUAUCGGCCGCGACUAUGAGACCAAGAACUUCAACUUUUGGGAUGUUCAUGUGGAAGGAACCCAGCGUAUCGCCGAGGCCGUAGCCAAAUACGAUAUCGACAGAUAUAUUCACGUAUCAUCCCACAAUGCCGACCUCAACUCGCCAUCUGCUUUCUACCGAACCAAGGCCGAGGGUGAACUUGAGGCUAGGGCUAUCUUCCCUGAGACUACCAUUGUCCGCCCAGCCAGGGUUUGGGGAGAGGAAGACCGUCUGCUUCUAUUCCAUGCCCAAAAGAGAUACCUUAUCACUUCGAACAAUCUUCAAGAGAGAUUCCGUCCAGUUCAUUCUAUUGACGUCGGAAGGGCUCUUGAGAGGAUCGCCUACGACGACUCAACUGUCGGUCAAACCUAUGAACUUUUCGGCCCCAAGGAAUACAGCAUGGGUGAAAUCCGUGAGAUGGUCAAGAACGAAACGAAACGCAACUUAACACACAUCAAUGUUCCGAAGAAACUCCAGCAGAUUUACCGUGCGGCAUGGGAAUACGUCUGGUGGCCAUUGACUAGUGUGGAUGAAGUUGAGAGAGAAUUUAUCGACCAUCAAAUCGACCCUACCGCAAAGACAUUUGCCGACUUGGGUAUGGACAAGGUUGACGACAUUGGUGAGGGUAUGCUACGCUACAUCCGACACUUCAGAUCGAAUAAGUAUUACGACCUGCCGCCAAUGACAGAGAAGGAGAGGGAGGAAGAGAGGAAAUACUGGCAUGUACAGGAUGAUAUUUAUCACUAA